ACUGCGAAUGCUCUGUCUCAGUACUUCUUCAUGACAGACGGGGAGGGGGAAGCAGAGAACUGUAAGCUCAGUAUCCAUCUUAAAGAGAAAAUAGGAAAGAGAAAUCGCGUCCCAGGGUUAUCCCUCAAAAACGGUAUCUUUUCCUCCUGAUCCGUGCUUGGGAGCCCCAGGAGGGGGCUGUGUCAUCGUCUGUAGGAUGUCCCGACAUGAGGGUGUGAGCUGUGACGCGUGUUUAAAAGGGAACUUCAGAGGGCGCCGGUACAAGUGUUUAAUUUGCUACGACUACGACCUGUGCGCGUCGUGCUACGAGAGCGGCGCCACCACAACGAGACACACGACAGAACACGCCAUGCAGUGUAUAUUAACCAGGGUAGACUUUGACCUGUAUUACGGCGGUGAGGCGUUCUCAGUAGAGCAGCCCCAGAGCUUUUCUUGUCCUUACUGUGGUAAAAUGGGAUACACAGAGACAUCCCUACAGGAGCAUGUCGCCUCCGAGCAUACAGAGACCUCCACAGAGGUGAUCUGUCCAAUAUGUGCUGCGUUGCCGGGCGGGGACCCCAAUCAUGUGACCGACGACUUUGCUGCUCAUCUCACACUUGAACACAGAGCACCUAGAGAUUUAGAUGAGUCCAGCGGCGUCCGGCACGUGCGUCGGAUGUUCCACCCUGGUCGCGGGCUGGGCGGUCCCAGGGCACGCAGGACCAACAUGCACUUUACUAGCAGCUCCACCGGGGGGCUCUCCUCCUCACAGAGCUCCUCGUACUCACCCAGUAACAGGGAAGCCAUGGACCCCAUAGCAGAGCUGUUGUCUCAGCUGUCGGGCGUGCGGCGCUCGGCGGGCGGCCAGCUCAACUCGUCGGGCCCGUCCGCAUCUCAGCUGCAGCAGUUACAGAUGCAGUUGCAGCUGGAGCGCCAGCAGGCCCAGGCGGCCCGGCAACAGCUGGAGACGGCCAGGAACACCACGCGACGCUCCAACCCCGGCGGCAACAUCAGCGCCACCAUCCCCCCGCCCAGCGCCGUCGCCAACUCGGCCGGCGUGGCCGAGAGCAACCCCAUGGCCUCCCACAGCUCCCAGUUCCUGCUCACACGGUUAAACGAGCCCAAGAUGUCGGAGGUGGAGCGGCAGGUGCUGGAGGGCGAGCGCGCCGACCGCAGCCUGUUCGUUCAGGAGCUGCUGCUGAGCACGCUGAUGCGCGAGGAGAGCUCUUCCUCGGACGAGGACGAGCGGCGAGAUUUUGCCAGCUUUGGGGCCAUGGGCUGCGUGGAUAUCAUGCCUUUAGACGUGGCCCUGGAGAAUCUCAACCUCAAGGAGAGCGGUACAGGCAGCUACGGCAGCAGCUCGAGGAGCUCUAAGGAGCCUCCACCGCCUCCUCUUUGAUGAUAUCCCAGCACCACGCAGACUUUGUCCUCUGUGCUGCCACUGCCAGUGAUGGGCGGGCGGUGCAGCAGGCUGUAUUUUGGUUUGUUUUUUGGUGAUUGUAAUUUCAGGUCUGUCACCUUUGUUACAUUGUGUACAACCAUAAAAAAGGAGAGCGGGAGCGAUUGGGGAAAGUGCAAGUGGAUGAGUGCGCAGCGCCGAGCGAGCGAUGAAGAGAAAAUAAAUAAAUAUAUAUUAAAAAGUUGAUAAUCACAUAAUUUUUCUUUAGCAGGUCAGCAUUAGGUAGUCGUGGCAGACCUCUGCUUCCUGUUCUCAUGCAAAAGGCUCCUUUAUAAAUACUCCACAUUCAAAAACUGAAGAGGAAUCAGACACCCUCUGAUGAAGCUGCUGUGUGUAUUUAUGACUUAACUAAUAAAGUGCUUGAAUGGUUUACCAUAACUACUGCAUGAGGUUCUUUGCAGCGUGCAUGACUUUUAAUGACCUUAUCGUCAUUAAAAAGCUCAAAAAAUAAAAUAAAUCCCCAUGCUUUUUUAUCUUCAACCAUUUUAAAAGGGUUACAUGAUUUGAGUUUUUCUGAAAAAUUGAAUAUCACCCAAAAAAAACUGACACGCUGAAAAGUUUAGGAACUUUUACAACUU